AGCACUCAAAAUCAACUAUCUUCGCAGUGGAAUAACCCCAGCGACGUUCUGUCCGUCCUUCUCAUCGUCGGCGGCGAUAUUGUACAGAAGGCGCUAGCCCAGACAUCGGGAGGAUAUUUAACACCAGUAUGCUUUUCCUUCGGCUGGGUAGCGUACUCCCUUAGCAUGAUUGUCAGUAUUGUUGGUGAUGGGCGACUCCUCCCAGAGCCUGAUCACCCGGUAAAAGUGUACAAUCUGAAGAAUGGGUAUGUCCGGGAAAACAAGAACUGGACCAUCGGCCGAAUUCUGCGCGACAACGUCAUGCGUCUCAACAAGAAUGUACCAAUCGGGGGUAACGCCAUCCGCAUCGCCAUUUAUGAUGCACAGAAACACGACGUAAACCCGGCUAUUGCUGGCACUGGACGUUUACGGUCGCUCAGUAUCGCUGUGAUGCUUGUUCAAUUCGGAAUUGCGGCCAUACCAUGUGGUCUGUACGAUGAAUGGGGCAUACUGCUUAUCACUGGCGCUGGAACAAUGCUAGCUCUAGUCGCUGGUGCGUUGCCUCAAUGGCGGGUUGAGAAAUAUCCUUCACAAACAGACUCAAAGAAGAAUUUUGCUUUGACGUCUGGUAAUGGCUCGCGCGACAUCAUGAUCAUAAGAGGAGCUGAGGGAUGUAUAGAUCUCGAAGAGCUGGCUGCGCCUCAGAUGGUACGAUCAGGCAUCCCUCUUGGCUUCUGGAUCACUAUGGUAGUUGCAGCCAUUCAAUUCAUUUUGUGGCUUGCACUGCUCAUUUCCGUUGCUGGUCUACGCGCUCACGUGUGGUACCUUCUGCUCGUCGGCGCCAUUGGGAUGCUUCAGAACGUUCUCGUCGCCGCAUCUAGCCAGUCGCUCAAGAAAAGAAACCUGAAGCUGAGGCAGGCCGAAGUCAUACUUACAAGAAAGGUUAUGGAUGGGCUUAUGGACCUUGAGGUUGCAUACAAGGGGUUUGGCGAGGCUUUACGGAAUGAAUUUUUCCCAGGAAAACUCGAUGAGGAUGAGAUUCAAUGGUGG